UUGUGACAACAGCUAACGGCUUUCUUUCGCAACGAUGUAGAGACGUAGAAGGACAUCAUAUUCUUGUGUCUACAUCAGCCCGAUCCGCAAUUAGUCAUUGACAUACCGAUUAUUAUGUUCUUAUAAUAAACAAAGAUGCGUCACUUGGCUGCAGUAUGUGUUAUACUUACGUGAUGAAAUUAAUACACUGGGUCCACCCUUGAACCGAUAUACAUCAUUACCGCAUAGUACAAGGCCCGGAAAUGCAUGCCGGGGAUGAUUCGAGGGUUGCCAAUGCAUCCGGCUGUCGUGCAUAUCGUGGACCGAAUUAGGCGUGUAGUGGGAAUAUAAAAGGUAGACAAUUUGUCGUUCGGUAGUCAAUCGAAUUCUGAGUCUCAUCGAUCAAAGGUGUACCGAAGUGUUCAGUGAGCACAGAACGGAAGUACCAGUUUGCGUCUGAAAAAGAAAAGAGAAAAGUACAGAGGAAAAGAAAUGGCGGAAGUAUCCACGAUCCUGACUCACUGGCUGUCCGACAAAAUCGACGACUUCUCCACGUCGCCGACUUGUCUUCACAUCCAUUUCAAGCCCCCGGUUGAAAUCCCACCGCCGCCACCACCCCCGAAGAAGAUCGAGCCUUGCCGUCCUCCGAUUAACUUCGAGCUGACCAUCGACGUCCACCAGUACUCGGCCCAGGAGAUCAGGGUGUCCACCGUUAACAACGUCAUCGUCGUCGAGGCCAAGCACGAGGAGAAGCACGGUGAACAUGGACACGUCACCAGGGAGUUCCUGAGGCGGUGCACCGUUCCUCCGACGAGCGACAUCACCAAGGCCACCGCCUUCCUCUCCGCCGAUGGCGUCCUCAAGAUCACCGCACCGAAAAAAUCUGCUUGCUGCAAACCUGGCGAGAGGAUCAUCCCCAUCGAACAGACCGGGCGUUCGUCCUGCAAGUGAUUUUGUAGCUGAAUAUAAGGAAGCGUAAAGAAGAGAAAAAUAAUUAUAGUUUAAUGGGCAUUAUUUAACGAGGAGAGAACGCCUAUUUUAGUCUGCAAAAAAGUUCUUCGAGACUGAUGCGGUUGGUCUUGUUAUUAUAUUCUUGUUGAUACUCUUGGCUUGUUUUUUUUGGCUCUGUAUGUUGAUUUAUAUAUAUAUAUAUGUAUAUACAUUGUCGUAAGAGAAUGAGCGAAAGAGAGAGAGAGAGAGAGGGGGAGGGGGGGAGAGAAUCAUGUAAUAUUGGCUCAAAAUCAAACUUACGUGUAUUAUUAACUACGUAUAAUAAUUGCGUUGUACGCAUUAUAUAAAUAUACAAAGUUCAUGGUUACAACCUCGA